CAGAAAAAGCGAAAAGGCAAAUCAAUAUGAAGAAGAGAGAAAGACACAGAAAAAACACAAAUUAACCUUGAUCAAGCGUCGGCCAUCCAUAUACAUAAACCCCACAACAAAAACCACUAUAUUUAGUCCACUUCCCAUCAUUUGAAUUAAAUCCCUUCUCUUCUUAUUGAUUUGACGGACACAAACUCAAUAUAUAUAUACACACAUUUUCCUAUUUAUUUCACUAAGCAAUCAAGGUUCCACAACUGGGGUCGUAGUCUCAAACUUCAUAUAUGGCGAAAACCUCAAAACCAAAUAAAAAAAGCAUUUGUUCUAGCAAAAGCAGUGAUAAUGGCAUUUCUAAAGGGAAAAGGAAGAGAAAAGCCGUCACCAGAGAGUCGCCGCCGCAACGUAGCUCCAUCUACAGAGGUGUCACUAGGCACCGGUGGACGGGUCGAUAUGAAGCUCAUUUAUGGGAUAAGAAUUGCUGGAACGACAAACAGACCAAAAAAGGAAGACAAGUAUAUUUGGGGGCCUAUGAUGAGGAAGAAACAGCUGCACAUGCAUAUGACUUGGCAGCAUUGAAGUAUUGGGGUCAAGACACCAUCCUCAAUUUCCCUCUGUCGACCUAUGAAAAAGAGAUAAAGGAAAUGGAAGGUCAAUCAAGAGAAGAAUAUAUUGGUUCUUUGAGAAGAAAAAGCAGCGGAUUUUCAAGAGGAGUCUCGAGAUAUAGAGGUGUAGCUAGACAUCACCAUAAUGGACGAUGGGAGGCUCGCAUUGGCAGGGUGUUUGGGAACAAGUAUCUCUACCUUGGAACAUAUGCUACUCAAGAGGAAGCAGCGACGGCAUAUGAUAUGGCAGCUAUAGAGUACCGAGGACCAAAUGCUGUUACAAACUUUGACCUUAGCCGUUACAUCAAGUGGUUAGGUCCAAAUUACCAAGAUACUACUACUACUACCAUUAAAGCCCCUAUAAGCAACCCUCAAUCAAACCCUAAUGACAUGAAUCCCAUGCCUGACACCAAAGAGGAAAAAACAUCGUCUAUCAACUGCCCGGAAACACCACUGGAGGUGGAGAAACCUCGGAGGAGUUUCCCAGAUGACAUACAAACGUACUUUGAUUGCCAAGACUCCAAUAAGGAGCACGAUAUUAUUUUUGGAGACUUGGAUUCAUUCAUGUUGUCUACGACGUUUUACUGUGAGCUUGAUACCGAGCCAGCUUCGCAUACAUAUAGAGAUUAAUUUGUGAAUACUAAACGGACGUGAGGGAUUAUUUCUCAGUUUUAAUUUUUUGAAGAAUUAAUUAAUUAUUUUGGUUGAAGAGCUGAGAGAAAGGCAGUACUGAUUUUGUUUCUUAGUUAGUAAUUUGUUUUUCUUUAGCUCUCUGUUAAGGACUAAUUAUUUCUAUCCAUGCUGCAUUUGGUUUUUUAAUUCAAUACUUAUGUUAUGUUUAGAUAAAGGGCGCUGUAGCCCGUAGAGUUAUGAGUUAAUGGAAAACUGCCGCCUUCAGUAAUAUUUGAAGGCAUAGUAAAUUUGUUGCAUUUGAUC